AUGUCGUUGUUCUUCGGGCUCUUCCCUCUGUGGUCCUCCUCAACCACAUCGCUUUUCCUGGUGGGACUUGUGGGCAGAGAGCUGGGACUCAGAGUGGGGUUGCAGGUGGUUCAGACAGUGACUUGUUCUCGGUGGGGGACACCAAGCAACCAGGGUCUAUACCAGGAUGGAGAUGUAGUUAUUGGCGGGCUCUUUAGUCUUCAUUACCAGCCUCCAUUUACAGGCCAGGACUUCACUCAGUUGCCACACUACAAACCUUGCACUGGAUUGGAAAAUCUUCCAUUGCAGUACAUAUAUGCUAUGGUGUUUGCACUGGAGGAAAUCAAUCAUAGUGCAACCUUGCUACCAGGUGUGAAGCUGGGGUACCAUAUUCGUGAUAGCUGUGCCUUACACCCCUGGGCUAUGCAGGCAGCAUUGUCACUGGUUGGAGGAGACAGCACCAGCUGCGAUUCAGAAGCCCCUCCAGACUACUCUGUUGGGUAUGGAGAGGGAAUCGGAGAAAGGAGAGGUUAUCAGGCUGUUCCUUUGAUCAUUGGUGGUGCCUCAUCUAUAGCAGCCAUGAUACUCUGCAGAAUUCUGGGACCCCUCUCCAUACCUUUAAUGAGCUACACUUCUAGCUGCCCCUGUCUAAGUGACAGGCGCCAAUUUCCGACCUUCUUCAGAACCAUGCCCAGUGAUAUUUACCAAGCCCGAGCCAUUGCCCAGCUUGCCAUGCGCUUCAACUGGACUUGGGUGGGAGCAGUGGUAGCAAACAAUGAUUAUGGCCAUAUGGCAGUGAAGAUAUUUCAGGAGGAGACUCAGGGAAAAGGGUUGUGUCUGGCAUUUGUGGAGACUCUCCAAAGGGAAGAGAUUGUGAGUGAUGCCAGACGUGCAGCACUCACAAUUCAGGCCUCCACAGCAAGAGUGAUUCUCAUCUUUACAUGGUACACUGAUGUGAGGGAACUGUUCCUGCAGCUGGCCAAGAUAAAUGUGACUGACAGACAGUUUCUGGCCAGUGAGGCUUGGAGCACCAGUGGUAACCUUCUCCAAGAUGUUGUCACUUCUAAAGUGGCAAGUGGUGUUCUGGGUGUGGCCAUUAGAAGUUCACCUAUACCUGGAUUUGAAAAUUAUCUCAGAACUUUGAACCCAACUCAUCAUCCUAAUGAUGAGUUUUUAAAAGAAUUCUGGGAAAAAGAGUUUGGUUGUCGUCCCGGGGCCGCACCACUUUCAUCAAGUGCUUCUCUUCCACCCUGCAAUGGGACAGAGUCUCUGGAGAGAGUACACAAUCUGUUUACUGACACCUCUCAGCUGAGGGUGACAUAUAAUGUCUACCUUGCUGUUUAUGCUGCAGCCCACGCCCUUCACAGCCUUCUCUCCUGCCCUGAUGGAGACAGGCCUCCUGGAAACAACAGCUUCACUUGUUCCUCUCCCAAACACAUCAGACCCAUAGAGCUGUUGCAGCACUUGAACAACUUGAAUUUCACCACACCACAAGGUGAAAUGUUAUAUUUCCAAGGAGCUGAUAUUCCUGCAAAGUAUGACCUUGUCAACUGGCAGAAAACCCCUGAGGGCUCACUCAAGCUUGUAUUGAUUGGUCGUGUAGAUGGAUUUGACAUUCACCUUAAUGAGUCAGCAAUUCAGUGGAGCACAGGAUCCCAUCAGGUGCCUGUUUCAGUAUGCAGUGAGAGCUGCCCCCCAGGCACCCGGAAGGCCAGCAGGAAAGGAGAACCUCUCUGCUGCUUUGACUGUAUCCCAUGUGCUGAAGGGGAGAUUAGUAAUAAAACUGGUUCUCUUCACUGUGAGCGUUGUCCCCCUGAGUUCUGGUCCAAUGCUGAACAAACUGUCUGCGUCCCUCGUCAGCUGGAUUUCCUUUCCUUCAAUGAAACUUUGGGCAUCACUCUGACUGCAGUAGCUGUGUCAGGUGCUGUUGUGACAACAGCUGUGUUUGUGGUGUUUAUUCAUUAUCGUCAGACACCUAUGGUGAAAGCCAACAAUUCAGAAUUGAGCUUCCUGCUUCUUCUGUCGUUGAAGCUGUGCUUCCUGUGCUCACUGGUGUUCAUUGGUCGUCCAUCAGUCUGGUCCUGCCGGUUCCAGCAGGCAGCUUUUGGGAUCAGCUUUGUGCUUUGUGUUUCCUGCCUUAAAGUCAAGACCAUAGUUGUUCUGGCAGCUUUCCGCUCAGCUCGGCCUGGUGCUGGAGCCUUGAUGAAGUGGUUUGGUCCAGGCCAACAGAGAGGAAGUGUUUGCAUUUUUACCUGCAUACAGGUUAUCAUCUGUAUUAUUUGGCUAUCCCUGAGCCCUCCAAUGCCCCAAGCUGACUUGGAUAUCCCAGGGUUACAGGUCACCCUGGAGUGUGCCAUGGCCUCUGUGGUGGGCUUCUCUCUGGUUCUGGGCUACAUUGGCCUGCUGGCUUGCACCAGUCUACUCUUAGCUUUUCUUGCACGGAAACUCCCAGACAACUUCAAUGAGGCCAAGCUGAUCACCUUCAGCAUGCUGAUAUUCUGUGCUGUCUGGGUGGCCUUUGUUCCUGCUUACGUUAGCUCUCCUGGGAAGUAUGCAGUUGCUGUAGAGAUUUUUGCUAUCCUGGCUUCCAGCUAUGGUUUACUGCUCUGCGUCUUUGCACCAAAGUGUUUCAUCAUUCUUUUGAGGCCUGAGAAAAAUACUAAGAAACACCUGAUGGGUAGAUAGCAAAAACAUUUAACAAUGCGUGCUGUGAUUUAGAAAGAGAAAGAAAUGAAUAAAAAAGCCACUGUAGGUCAGUUCAUUAAAUGAUUGCAUCAUUAUCAGUUAUUCACAUAAUACACUGUCGUAAAAAAACACUAAUCUACCCUUUCUGAAAUGUCAGAGUUAUUAAUUUCUACUGAUUUGUCCUAACUACUGUCAGUCAUUUGUUACUACACAAUAUCAGGUUUGUUCAGACAACUGAAAAACAGAAACAGAUGCAUUUUGUAUAUUUUUCCACUAAUAACAAUUGAAAAUGUUCCCUCAUUUUACUUGAAUGUUUACAGCUACUACUAAUGUAACAAACCUUGUACAACAAAGAAAAAUGACAACAUUAAUAAACAUGAAUAAAAGUCAGUUCCAGUGUAUUUUGUUCUUUCUUUCUGAUGCAAGUGCUCGUCGGCUGCACCACGAAUCCCUGAACUCAACCCUGUCUCCUUGAAACUUUAUUUAUGCUUACCUAAUAUGCAACAGCACAUAAGUUUAUAAGGCAAAUGUCA